AUGACAGAAAAAACAACACUUAGACAUCUUGGAAGCAAGAGCCAAUCUAAUAAGAGGAAAAUGACCAACAGCAGCCAAGCUUCAACAUCCAACAACCAGCAAACCGCUCCAAAGCACCCAGCCAAGAUCACUACUCAUCCACCUACCAGCACCCAGCCAACAUCACUACUCCUUCACCUACCAGCACCCAGCCAACAUCAGUACUCCUCCACCUACCAGCACCCAGCCACCAUCACUACUCCUCCACCUACCAGCACCCAGCCAACAUCACUACUCCUCCACCUACCAGCACCCAGCCAACAUCACUACUCCUCCACCUACCAGCACCCAGCCAACAUCACUACUCCUCCACCUACCAGCACCCAACCAAGAUCACUACUCCUCCACCUACCAGCACCCAGCCAACAUCACUACUCCUCCACCUACCAGCACCCAGCCAACAUCACUACUCAUCCACCUACCAGCACCCAGCCAAGAUCACUACUCAUCCACCUACCAGCACCCAGGCACCAUCACUACUCAUCCACCUACCAGCACCCAGCCAACAUCACUACUCCUCCACCUACCAGCACCCAGCCAACAUCAGUACUCCUCCACCUACCAGCACCCAGCCACCAUCACUACUCCUCCACCUACCAGCACCCAGCCAACAUCACUACUCCUCCACCUACCAGCACCCAGCCAACAUCAGUACUCCUCCACCUACCAGCACCCAGCCACCAUCACUACUCCUCCAUCGACCAGCACCCAGCCAAGAUCACUACUCCUCCACCUACCAGCACCCAGCCAACAUCACUACUCAUCCACCUACCAGCACCCAGCCAAGAUCACUACUCCUCCACCUACCAGCACCCAGCCAACAUCACUACUCCUCCACCUACCAGCACCCAACCAAGAUCACUACUCCUCCACCUACCAGCACCCAGCCACCAUCAGUACUCCUCCACCUACCAGCACCCAGCCAACAUCACUAAUCCUCCACCUACCAGCAUCCAGCCACCAUCACUACUCCUCCACCUACCAGCACCCAGCCACCAUCAGUACUCCUCCACCUACCAGCAUCCAGCCAACAUCACUAAUCCUCCACCUACCAGCACCCAGCCAACAUCACUAAUCCUCCACCUACCAGCAUCCAGCCACCAUCACUACUCCUCCACCUACCAGCACCCAACCAACAUCACUAAUCCUCCACCUACCAGCACCCAACCAACCUCACUACUCCUCCACCUACCAGCACCCAGCCAACAUCACUAA